AUGGCUACUCCCUCAUUCUACGAGCUCUACCGCCGUAGCAGCAUCGGCUAUGCGCUCACAGACACGCUCGACGACCUCAUCAGCGAGAACCGCAUCGACCCUCAGCUGGCGAUGAAGAUUCUCGCAAACUUUGAUCGCGCUAUCGCCGAGACCCUGCAGGACAAGGUCAAGUCGCGGCUGACGUUCAAGGUGAAUUCGCCUCACAUGCAUGCCUGGGCAAUCUCCAUCCCCCGCGCAUCCGGUCCGACCUCAGCCCCCCAAGCGAGGUUCGGUCUUGUAGUCGUGAUGCGAGAGGAGAGUCGAGGUGAGAGCAUGGCUAAUUCGAAACAGGGAUCUCUGGAUACCUACCGGUUCUGCGAUGAGGUCUGGACCUUCUUGAUCAAGAACGUCUCGUUCAAGAUGGAAAACGGCGGCUCGACGGUCACUGCGGACAAGAUCAAGAUCGUCUCCUGUAACGCCCGUCCAGCUAACACAUGA